AUGAAAAGGAGUAUCUAUGACCUCGGUGGCGAAGUUGAUCCGAACAUCUCAGUCAUCUGCGGUCAACCGUUCAAUUCUCACCUCCCUCAACCUAAAAUCAUAAAGUCAAGCAUUGCUGGAAAGGAUACUGUUAGGGAGGAUGAUUUUGAUGAACUGACUUCCGAUUCCAUAGUUAAAGAUUAUGAUAUAUCAAGCAUAUCAGGUGCAAUUAUAUUUGGUGACUUGGGUUUUGAAUCUGACACCCUACAAGGGGAGAAGGUGACGAAGCAAUCCUUGAUGGAGUUAGCAAUGCAGGAGCAAGUUAGAGAGAGGCAGGAAAUGGAAAAGAAGAUGUAA